GCACGGCAUCGAGAGUCACGAUGACACCGGCCCGAGUUCUUCACUCGAUGUCCUCGACCAUCGUCAUCCUGCUAUUGGCAUCCGUCUUGUCUCGCCGCUCGGCAGUUACGGCAAGCAUCUACCAAACUAGCGAUGCCAUCGUCAUCGAAGCCGGCGACGUUGCAGAGGACGAGGGCGCGUACCAGAACUAUCUGCUGAGCAACAGCUUCAUGAAGGAGAAGGAGCGCUCGUGUUUCACCAGAGACGGCCGCUUCGGCUCGUGCACGACCAUCCGCACGUGCUACCCGAACAUCAAGUUGCCCCAGCUGAGACAUUUGGGUCCGUUGACGACGGCCAUUCGUGGUACGUGCAACUACGUUGAAGAAGGUGAAAAAAUGGUGUACGGCGUGUGCUGCUCAAAACAGCUGGACGGCUAUGAUUACGACGAGCUUGGCCACCCUUUUUACCAACCGUUUUCGACUGUGCCGGCCAACAUGGACGACGGCCCUGACGACGGCCCUGCCUACGGCUCCAACUUUGCCUGGCUGUUGAACGCACCACACGGCCAGGCGCACAUGAAAAAACCCAACGAAUGGAUCAAGGGAUUCAUCGAUUCAAAACAAUCGACACAGUGCGGCGCCGGGCCAGCCAAACUGUUGAGCGUCGAAGACCAGCGCGUCGUCGGAGGGACCGACGCCGCCAAAAAUUCUUGGCCUGGCAUGGCUGGGCUGAGAUACUCGGGUUUCUUUUUCUGCGGCGCAUCUCUGAUCGCGCCCACCAAAAUCCUGACGGCCGCUCACUGCGUCGACUGGAUACGAGACUCGGCUAUCGGCAAAUUGUCUGUCCACCUGGGAAUGCACGACAAGGACCAAAACGACGCGCAGCUAACGAAAAUGGUCAGCCGACUCGUCAUCCACAAAGGUUGGAAUCCCAUCAGUCUGUACAACGACAUUGCCAUGAUCACGUUGGACUCGCCUGUCACCUACACGUCGACCAUUUCGCCCUUCUGUUUGCCCGCCCCUGGUCUGGCCGAUCGGUACGUCGGCAGCGAGGCUGCCAUCAUCGGAUGGGGAGACGUCCAGCAAGGUGGGCCUGCAACGUCAGUCCUGCAGCAAGCGACCGUCCAAAUAACGAGCAACUUGAAAUGUCGAAAAGCGUACCCGUUACUGGCCUACAGCAUGUUGUGCGCCGCCGCACCAGGAAGAGACACUUGUCAGGGUGACAGCGGAAGUCCACUGCUAGUUCGAUCAUCAUCCGGCUCACCUUGGACUGUAGCAGGGAUAGUCAGUCACGGCAAAGGAUGCGCCAGACCAGAAUAUCCCGGUGUCUACACCAGGGUAACGUCUUUCAGGCCAUGGAUCAGGUUUCAUUUACUAUUUUGAUUGCCAUAAAAGCUCGACUACUACGUACGAUUGUGAAAGAGUGAUUCGGC